CAAUUUUGCCGGCAGCUUUCGUUGUUCACUUCUCGUAGCUUCGUACGGUCGGUUCUUGGAAUCUUUCUAGACGCCAUCCCGGUUUCAUUAAAGAACUAGGAUCUAAAGUUUUUAGAAUUUUUAAUCGUUUAUUUACUAUCCAUUAAAUCAGCAGGAUGGCAGAAUUGUGUGGAAAAUUCAAGUUGGUCAGCAGCGAAAAUUUCGACGAGUUCAUGAAAGCGAUGGGUGUGAACAUCGUUAUGCGCAAGGCUGGUUCCUUGUCCAAACCUGUUGUGGAACUCAAGCAAGAUGGGGAUACUUUCAUCUUGAAGACAACGACUACUUUUAAAACCUCUGAAAUAAAAUUCAAACUGGGUGAAGAGUUUGAAGAGACACGAAUGGAUGGUAGCACUUGCAAGACUAUCAUAACAUUGGAAGAUGGGAAAUUAGUGCAGAAGCAGAGUGGUGAUAAAGAAGUCACCAUCAUUCGAGAACUUGAAGGAGAUCAAAUGAAAACUAUAUGCAAAGUGGAUGACAUUGUUAGCACUCGUCUCUACAAUCGAUGCGAGUAAGGUGUCGCAUUGCCAAUUGGAAUUUGUUUCCGGCUCACUUCCCAAUUAUUAUCAAACAAAUUUAAUAUUUUGCAUAUUGUUUUCCAUCUUUUGAUAUUAUUCAUUACUUUCCAUUUGCUUUUUUAUAUGUUUUCUGAACAUAUCACAAUUAAAAUGCUUCAUUUCUAA